GACCUUUCCAAAAUGUGCAAUUCAAAUCAAGAAUAUUACCUGAAACUAGAAGAGUUGAAGAAUGCCCACUUGGAGACCAUGGCAAAAUUAGAAAGUAUGUAUCAGAAUAAACUGUAUUUAAAAGGAGUACAACCCUUGGACAAGAAAAACACUGCUUCUUAUGUGUGUUGUAGGCCAACCUGGCAGAAGAGCUCGUAUCGGCCUCUAAAUUUGCACAAAUCCUUUUCCGAUUCUGACUUAAGUGAUCCCUUCGGCUCAAGUGUAUCUGAUGGGUCUGACAGAGAAUUAGCGCUUGAAGAAAAUGGUAGUGAAACUGGAUCAUCUGCAUUUGCUAAGCAACGGAUUGAAAAAAUGUGGGAUGGGUUCUCUGUGGAAGACUACAUCUCCCACACCAAACACAGCUUACCAAGCUCACCAGCCUUCAGAAUGAUACAGAGGAAACAGAAAGCAUGGUCACCAAAAGUUACUGUGCCCAAGCCUUUCCAGAUGACUAUCAGAGAAGCCAGAAAAAAAGAACAGAAUGUCAAAUCAAAGUCACAGAUUGAAAUGGAAAAUAACUUAAUGAAGAAGCAACUAGAGGAAGAAGCAGAGUGUCAGAAAAAAUUCCGAGCCAAUCCAGUGCCUGCUGCUGUUUUCCUUCCACUCUACCAUGAAAUUGUGCAACGAAACGAAGAGCGCAGGAGAUCUGUGAAAGAGAGAAGCAAGCUCAAGCUCUUGGCUUCUCAGAAGCCAUUUAAAUUCAUUGAACGAGAGAAGCAAAGGAGUGAAAUUAGGAAAAUGCAAUUAAGAGACCUUUCUGCACCUGAGAAGAAAACAAAACUGUUCAAAGCCAAACCAGUUCCUAGAUGUGUUUAUAGUCCAGCUGUCAAUGACAAGCUAAAGGAGGAAGAGCUCUACAGAGAAAUCAGGAUCAGAAUGAGAGCCGAAGAGUUGCUACGUAAUUCAUCUCUACCCAACAGCAGACUGGCUUUAACAAAUACCAAUAAAAAGAAGAAACACAAGUGCACCGAACCAAAGGAAACAGACCAUAAACCCAAGAUCAAAUCAAGUGUUCCAGAUUUUGACCUACUACACCAGAAAUUUCAGAAACGGCUCCUGCAACAAAAACAACUGAAACACCUUACAGUCUGUGAGCCUUUCCAUCUCCGGACUCCAUAUAUUCCCUCAAACAAGGGGAAGAUUUUGAAGGACAUUCAAGAGGAUGAAGAAAAGUUGAAAGAAACACGCUGGCCAUAUGCCUCUCCAAGACGUAAACCUCAAAUGAGACAUUUAAGUGCAAAUUUGCAUCUCUCGGGAUUUGGAGAAUCUAAAUCACCAAAAAGCACAGAAUCCACAAGACGACGGCUACAAGCCAUAAGGAAUUCACUUGAGGAAAAGAGAAAGCUUGAAGAACAACAAAAAAGGAAGAGAACAAAGCAGAAACAAAGAACGAAAAAACUCCAGAAAAUUGUAACAGCUCGGGCUGAGGCCAGUGACCCACAUCAGAGCUUAGCUCAGAUGUCUAAAUCUAAAUUAAAAACAUUCAGGAAUUAUGAGAAGCAGAGGAUGCAGGAAUAUUUGCAAGAGUUGCAAGAAAUGGAAGAAAGAGUAAAACAAAGGCCAUUGCUUUUUGAAAGAGUCGCUCAGAAAAAUGCCAGAAUAGCUGCAGAAAAGCAUUAUUCUAACAGACUGAGAGCGCUGGGGAUAUGCCCAGAGUUUGUUUCAAAGAAAGGACAGACAACUAAAUUGCUACAAUGCUCCAGUGCUGAAGAUUUUAACUCCACUGAUGCCAGAGGAAGAGUCAUCAAGAAUAAAGUGAAAGAAAGGGAAUCCUUUGAGGAAGCAGCUGACAGCAGUCCUCUAUCUGAGCAAUCCUGUGAAGAGGAGGAGGCGGCAGAGAAGAGAAAAGGUGUCGAAACCUCCACCCACAACAGCCAGACCAGUGAGCUGGAGGAUGAGAAGGAGGCUGGCCUUUAUGCUCAUCAGCCUUGCCAUGCAGGGGAGGCUGGGUCCAGCCCCACGUCUGACCAGCACCGUGAAGAUGAGGAGGAGGAGGAAGAAGAGGAAGCAAAGGCAGACCUGUUGCUUGGCCAUUCCCAGGAGGAGGAGGAUGAUCAGUCAAGACCCAGCUCUCGAUCUGAGCAGUCCCAUGAGAGUGAAGAGGAAGGUCAGUCUGACCCUGAAGCUGAGGGUGCCUUCAGAUAUGAGGAUGAGGAAUAUGAAAGUGAUGACUCGGAAGAGAAACCCAGCGAUGAUGAAGCUGACUGA